AUGGGAUGGCUUGGCACCCAACGCGCGGUCGACAAGAUCGAGUCCCAGAAGCUACGACAACUUGGACCAUCCGAGUGUUUUCAGCUCACACAGACACUAUCCGGUUCCUACUGCGCAUGCGCUUUGACUUGUCGUUAUACUAUGACGAGGAGUGAGAGAAGCAGCAUCAAGGACAUUUUCGAGAAAGCUUUGGCAUUUACGAUAUUGGAACAUUCAUCACUUCAAGUAGGAAUUGCCUGUGAAGACACGAAACGACCUGUUUGGGUGAAGCUCAGCCAGAUUCAUUUCCGCCAGUGCCUAGAAUGGUACACAGCUGACGAUGAUGACCUCGACCAAGUCCUUUUGAAGACACUGGAAACACAACAUAGUACCCGCUUCGUCAAACUGGAAUCCAAGCCCCAGUGGAGAGUCAUUGUUCUGCAUUCUGUUAGAAACAAUUCAUUGGAAGUCGUGUUUGUUGCAAAUCACGCAGCUUCUGAUGGUAUGGGUGCUAGGAUAUUCCACGAAACACUUCUGUUUGGAUUGAACACGCCACCAUCGAACUGGGUCAGGACACAUUUCAAGGAUCAUGUUCUUCAUAUCCCCGAGCUUUUUACAAUGACUUCAUCAGUGGAACAGAUGCUUGACUUUCCACUCUCAACUGGCUUCCUCCUUACGGAGGGAUGGAGAGGGCUUCGUCCCUCAGUCUUGGCACCAAAUUUGCCAUGGGAAGCACACUGGGCUCCAAUAUAUCCUUAUCACUGCGUGACACGCAUCAAUAUCCUGCGAGUUGAUGAUUUUAUCCUACAACGUCUUGUCGCAACCUGCCGUCGAAAUAAAACUUCGUUGACUGGACUUCUCCAUGCCCUUAUGCUCUUAGCUAUGGCGACUAGGCUACCUCGUACCAAAGCUAAGGCAUUUAUUGCUGGGACACCAAUAUCACUGCGCUCCUUCAUGACUUCAAAUCCAAACGGCAAUGGCGGGACAGACCCCCACCGGGUAGUGGGAAACAUGAUCACUUCGUGUUAUCACAAGUUUGGCGAGAGUCUUGUGACAGAGAUGCGACAAUAUGCCAACUCGCUACGUGUUGACAUGAAGGUUAGCCCCAGGCUGGAGUCUCUCAUAUGGUCUACCGCCCUGGAAGUCAAAACUACGCUGAACAAGAAAUUGGAUGCCGGUCUCAAGAAUGAUCUUGUGGGGCUGUCGAAGCUAGUCACUGACUGGAAGGCUUACUUCAAAACGGAGUCUAAGAAACCACGACUCCUAUCCUGGGAGCUGAGCAAUAUUGGCAAGGUAGACAAUACACUGAUCGAGGACAGUGGUGUGCAAGAAAACGAUCAGUUAUGGAAUGUCGAAGGAGCUUUGUUUUCCCAAAGCGCAACCGCAAUUGGGCCUGCAAUUUGUGUUAAUCCAGUUACUGUUCAAGGCAAGGGGCUUGUGAUAAGCUUCAGUUGGCAAGUUGACGUCGUAGACGAGGAGCUGAUGCAUGGAAUCAUUAAAGACUUGAGGUCAUGGAUUCACAGUCUGGUAUUACAUGAUAAACAUUGA